ACGCGUUCGUAUCGAGCGGCGCUCUGGUGUCGCGUUGACCCGCGUGACGCGCGCGCUGCCUUACACCAUACGCCUCCUUUUUUUGAUACACAAGUGCCAUUCGAGUGACAAGCGGACGCAUUGAAGUCCUUGAAAAAUACAUUUCAGGAUUUUUAGUUUAUGUUUUGGUUUUUUCAGUAAAAUAAAUCUGAAUUAUAAUAAAUUGUUGGGAAUUACAAGUGUUCUCGCAUUGGCUUUGUUUAAAGUGCGCAUGUUUAAGUUUUUUCGCGCGCGUGCAUCCUUUUUGCGGAUAGUUUUUGUUUUAAUCCUUUGUUAAGUGAUAAAUAGUGCCAGCAGUGCACUUUCACGAAAGCAAUUUGUGUGCAAAAUAAAAAUCGAAUAAUUACAAAUAAUGUUGCUGAAAAUCGUAACGAAUUUCGUUUGCGGUGAACUGAAGAAAGUCAAAACUAAUUUGACUAUGUUUUUGAUCUUCUUCUGGGUGAUUUGGUUCUCGCAGUUGAUUGCCAUCUCAACGAUGUUUCUCAGCUUGCCCGAUAUCACGGAGAUUCCCACAAUCACAGUGACAGAGUUGCCAUUGGAGAUUUUGGAGCCAACACGUGGCAACAUUGAUGCACUAGUCAUCGAUGCGGCGAAAGAGACCAUAGCGCGCGAGCAUGAAAAUCAUACGAUGGAGAUGUUGGAGAAUAGCAGUGAGGUGAUAAGAAAAGAUGAAGAAAUCAUCAAAUUUGACGAUUCUGGUGGUGGUGAAAAACCGCAGCCUUCGCAAUUUGACUCAGAUCUCACUUCAAGUGAAAUUCCACAAAACAUUCCAAACGAAAAUGUCACGAAUGUGGCAGCACCUGCAGCGGCAAUAACGCCUACGUUACCUACGCAAAAUGAGGGUGCCAGCCCUACACCCUCCACCACGCUCACAACUGCCACAGAAACUGCUGGAGGCGAUAGCAAUGCGGGCAACAAUCUCACGGCAGAAGAGGUACCCAUUCCCGUUUUCUCGGAGUGGGCACAAAAGCAAAUGGAAGCGGCCGAGAAGCAGCAGGCGAAAGAGCAAGAAGUGGUGAAUACAUCGACACAGAAAAAGAAUCACACCAAUGGCGAUGGUAAACGGCCGCCGCCGCUUAAAAUGCGCAACAAAAACUAUGCGGCACCCGAUUGUGGUGCCAAAAUAAUCACCUCCAAUCCAGAUGCAAGCAACACGGGUGCUGUGUUAAGUUCGUCUAAAGAUGAAUAUAUGUUGAGCCCUUGCGGUAAUCGCAUUUGGUUUGUGGUUGAACUCUGCGAAGCGAUACAGGCACAGAAAGUUGAAUUGGCCAAUUUUGAAUUGUUCUCAUCUUCACCAAAAAAUUUCACCGUGGCUGUUUCGAAUCGUUUUCCCACACGCGAUUGGUCGAAUGUGGGACGUUUUAUAGCGGAGGAUAAACGAAAUGUACAGAGUUUCGAUUUGCAUCCGCAUUUAUUUGGUAAAUUUGUGCGCGUCGACAUACAUUCGCACUACUCCAAAGAGCACUUCUGCCCCGUCUCACUUUUUCGCGUUUUCGGCACAUCAGAAUUUGAAGCUUUCGAAACGGAGAAUACACCACAUGGCGACCUGGAGGACUUCGAUGAUGAAUUUGGGCAAGAACAAGUGCACGCAAUGAGCCCAGAUAUGAAUCUUUUCAAAUCCGCCUCUGACGCAGUGCUCUCAAUAGUCAAGAAAGCCGCCGAAGUGCUUGUCAAACCGGUCCAUCAACAGAAUACAACGUUGACGCGCGUGCAGACGCCUUCGUCUCAGUGCCGUACCCCUGCGACGGGGCAAUACAUUUGCACCACCAACUGUAAUCAGCCGUUGGUAGCGCGCAUCAAUAAUGCGCUCUCUUGUGAAUACCAACAAUUGCAAGCGUUGCUCAAAGUGCCUUGGCUGUUGAAAGAUCUACUUAAUACGCAAAUAUGCGCCAGGCAUUAUGGCAUUGAACUGAAAGCAAAAAUUGCCAAUGAAGAGUGUACGAAUGAGCCAUAUAGCCAUGCUUUGGAAAGGAAUGUGAAACACAGCUACUACCUGAAUAUGUUGCCGGUGGAAUAUGUGGGCGCGCUCUGCCAACUGUUAGCGGCGCAAAAUAAAAUUAAGUCGACUGCAUCCGCUUCACAGGACACGCAAGGCGAAAAUGUCUUAACGGAACCGCCACUGAAUCUCACCAUCGACAAGAAAUUGAAAAAAGAUGACAUCAGAAUAAUCGAUAGCACGCAAAAGAAAUUAGUAACGCAAGAUACGACAAACAUAGGUAGCGGCAUUACAACUGAGAGCGUUGAAGCUACGUUUAGCGGUGAAGGCGCUGUACCGAGCACAGCAAGCACUCCUAGCAGUGGCGUUGAUGACGAACAGCUGGUACGUCCACCACCAAUGGGCGAAGUCGAAGCAAUAGAAACAACUACCAAUGCACCGCUCAAUAAUGGUGGAAAGGAACCAACAGCCGAUGUAAAUAUAUUCAAUGUACCUACACCUACAGAACCGCAAGAAAAAAAUCAGCCGCAAUUCAAUGAACCAACCACAGAAGAGGUGAGUAGUAGUGGUGAAUAUAUUGAAGAUGGAGGUAGUAGCAGUAUCAGCACCACCACCACAACUUCUUUACCACCUGCAAGUAUGGACGCCAACAAAAUACCCGCUGACGACGUAAGCACCGACGAUACGCUGCCAUUGCAUCCUACGCCGUCAACAACAGCAACACCCACACUGGGGACGCGCAGUGAGGAGGAUAACGCCUCUUGGGAGAAUAUCGAUAACCUGAUCACCUCGACAACAGCAGCGCCGGUAAUGGCAGCUGGUGGCUUAUCUACUGAUGGCAGUGUACACGGCAAUCAACCGGGUGUGAAUCUACAGCAAAAAAUACCCAGUGGCCCACAGUCGGAGAGUGUGUUUAUACGCCUUUCGAACCGCAUCAAAGCGCUGGAGCGAAAUAUGUCCCUGUCCGGGCAAUAUCUGGAAGAGUUAUCACGACGCUACAAGAAGCAAGUGGAAGAACUACAACUCACACUCACCCAAACAGUACAAACCGUACGCACGCUGGAGGAGCAUAGUCGGCGACAAAACGAAUUGUAUCAGUUGCUCGCCCAACGCAAUUCCCAGCUGAAGGAGGAGCUGGACGAUUUGUCGUUGCAGGUGCAUGCCUGUAUUGUGGUUAUAAUCUUUGUGGGUGCCUUUGUUUUUCUUGUGCUCAUGGUGAGUAUACUCUUCUAUCGUGCGAUGCGACGCGAAACCAAGGAGGUGUUGGCGCUCUACUCAAAUGCGAACAGAAAGAAGGCAUCCAGUGCGAUGGCAGCAAUACAGAAAAAACUAAAUCGGCGCAAAUCCUUUGAAGAUUUCUCGGAUCAUCAGCAGAGCAGCGAAAAAAUGCGACGUCCCAGUGAAGAGGCGCUAAUGAUACUUAAGGAACGCAGUGGUGCAGGUAGUGGCGGUGAGCAUGAAGCCAUUGAAUCUGUGGGCGAUGCGGCAAGAAAUGUGUCACAGCGCGAGCGUAAAAUCUCGAUUUGUUAUACAAGUGAUUCGGGCGCCACACUUAAUGGCAGUCACGGUGCCCAAAACAUCAAACAGCGACGCAAAGGUGAGAAGCACUCUUGGCCGAAUACGGAGCAUACGCAGCAGCAAGCACGUCGUCAUCUAGCACAGCUGCAAGCAACAAAUGAAGCUGCAGAAUCAAUGGAGAGCUUCGAAAGAACGAAUAAUGGCCGUCCACCACGAGCGCCGGUGUUAAAUGGUAAUGAAAACUUUAACAAACCCGCUGGAAACAAGUCGAGGCGAAAAUCACUACUACCACGUCGACAAACCUCGGUAUCGCAUGAGUUUAUGGGCAGUGCGAGCUUGAAUAGUACAGCGCCAGAGGAAAUCAGCGCCGCUGAAUAUGAUGAAAGCUUACGACUCGAAGAAGAUGACCUCGACAAUUUCAUACCAACCUCCGAUUUGGCGUACAACGAGUUCAUGCCCGAAGGACCGUCUGGUUAUCAGGUAAACAAUGGUGUGGAGGUGAAUACUGAUAGUAAGAAAUCAGGCAAAAAGCUAACUCGUCUCACAACACCUGGUUUCUUUAAAUCGCCCUUCGGCAAAAGUCGCAACAAAUUGCGUGGAUCAAAAUCGACUAAACAUCCCCAUGAGUCAACUUCUUGGGAAUGGUAUCGUUCAAAAAAUGCAGAAUCCAAACCAUUAAGUGGCUCGGCGUCAGCGAGUGGUGGGUUUAUGCGCGCCUCACCAACAGUUAGUUUGGAUUCAUCAUCGCUCUCGGAGAUAUUGCUACCCAAUAGCCGAACAGAGAAUUCAUUUCGCAUACUCGAAGAGGCCAUACUGUCGUCAGGCGAGAGCAUAGCGGCAAGCAGUGUGGCGACGACUGGCACCAAUGCCACAGACAAUGGUAAUGGUAAUGGUAACGCAAAUAGUAAUGGCAAUUAUAGUAAUGGCAGUAGCAUCGCUAGCAAUAGUAAUCGCAGUUCCACUUCAUCCACAUCGACGAAAAAGAAAAAUCGCAGCUUCAAUAAGAUAUUUCGCAAAGUAUUUUAGAUUGCUUGGAAGUAUUUAAAAAUCAACCAAUUUUCUUUCGGAGUAACUGAAGAAUUUCUUCGUUAGAUGCUUUGCGCAAACUUCAGAAUUCUUUUGAAAUUUAAGAACCGCUCAGAAAAUAUUUGUACAGCCGUUUGUGUGAUCAAUGCGUUCGAGAACGCAAUACUUAAAUGUCCACAAAUUAAGAGUAGAAUAUAAUAGUCUGAGUUCAGUUCUUGUUGCUUGCACACGGUGAGCGUAAAAUAAAUGGCAAAUUAAAUAUAUUUUUUUCGCAUCGCAUUUGUACAAUAAUUAACAGAAAUUGUUCGCCAUUUUUUUUUUUAAUUUUUGGAAUUUUUUAGGUUUUCCAAUAAACCUAAACUUUAAAGUCUGAAAAAAACUACAAAAGAAAUACAUUGAUUAAAAAAAACUAUGUACUUACACGUAACAUCUCUUUUGGCGCUUACUGUAUUUAAAAAUGCGUUUCUAGCAUAUUUAAGAGGACGAGUCGAUUUGUAUAAACGAGAAUUUUUUUUGCCGCACAAUUUCUGCUUUAAACAGAAUUUGAGUUAAAAUGUGUAGAACCGUAAAUUUUUGGAAAAAAUUUUUUUUACCACAGUAAUCAUUAUUUUUUUUAAUCUUUCAAAUAACUAUUAUAGAUAUACCAUAUUUUCCCGUAUAUUGACCCCUGUAGGUUCGAAUCUCCGUGCAUGAAACACCAAAAUUAUAGAAAACGUUUUUUGUAAUAUAGUAGCGGUCGCCUCUUGGCAGGCAAUGGCAGACCUCCGAAUGUAUUUCUGCCAUGAAAAAGCUCCUCAUAAAAAACCAUCUGCCGUUCGGAGUCGACCCAAAACUGUAACCGUUUGUAAAACAACAUCAAAAUUAACACCACAAUGGGAAUAGGAGCCCGGCUAAACACCCAGAAAGGUGUAUGUAUGUAUAUAUAUAUAUAUUAUAUUUUCCCGUGGUGUUCCUAGGUGGUACUUAGGUCCUCAUUAUUAUUACUCAUAAUAUUAAAGAGUAUGGAGAUAUAUUUUUCAACACCGCCAAGUUGCUUUUUUGAUUACAAAUACAGUUGGUUUUUAUUGUUUGAAAAAAAUUCAAAAAUUUUGGACUAUAAGGCCUGGAACAAUGAACUAAAAUGUUUGUAAAUGGUUGGAAAUUCAUACCCUAAGUAAGUGCUUUUUUCUAAUAAAAUAGCAACAAUAUUUUGUACGUUUGAUUGUCAAAGCAAGGUAUUGGAGAAGUAGAAAACAAAAAAUGAACUCGCCUUGAUUUAUUCUGGGCUGACAGCCACAUGAACACGGCGAAAGAAAAAAAACAACAAAUCAGCUGAUUUGUCAAUACCACCUUUAAUAGAUUCACCUUGGUUUCAAUAAUAGAAUGACUGUGUUUUUUUUUCAAAUAAAGUGUAAUUACAAAGCUACUUGCAAAUUUGUAAAUCAAUCCGUACUACAAUCUUCAAGUAACCUCUCCGCUCUGUUAGAAAAAAACAAGGCGCUAUCGGUAAAAACGCUUUUAAAAUCUUACAAGCAUCUUUGGCGGAAUUGAGCCUUUUAAAACAGGUUAAGAAUAUUACCAGUUUAAUAUUGUCUGUACGACCUUAAACUGUUGUUAAACCUAAAAAUAGAUUUUUUCUAAAUCCUGCACGACUUAAGAGACUUGCGAAUUUCUUUAAUUGGGUUUGAACGUAUAUGUGAAUUUCAUGAAGCUUAACAUCCGCGUGAUCUAAAGUAGGUUAAAAAGAUUUUAUGCAGCACAAAGAAAAUUUUAAUUGGGCAAAUUUUCGCUAACAUUUUUAAUACCAAAAGGAAAACGACUAUCUGACUUUAACAUUUUUUUUUGUUUUUUGUAACCUAAUAUUAUUAUUAUUAUAAGGGUAACCUAUAAUUAAUUAUUAUUUUUGGUAACAUAUUUCCACUAAGAACUUAUGUAACUGCAGCUUAGAGUUGUGAUAAUUUUCAGAAAUAUCAAAUGUUUCCAAUACUAAUUCAAGCUUCUGAUUUUUGUUUACAUGUCUGCCAUUUCUUGUAAAGAGGCUCAUUUGCAAGUUUCAUGUUUUUGAAGGAGUAUUUCCUUUUAUCAUAGAAUUUACAUAUUCAAGCUUCAAAGUAGGAAGAAUUCUCAUAUACGUAGAAUUCUCUCGGAAUAUGGAAUAGUAAUUCUAUUUUAUAUACAAUAAUGGUUGUAUGCAUUUAUCCGCAAAAUAAAUUGGAAGAUCUGGAAGUGAUUCUCAAAUUUUGGCGACAAUAAUUUUUUUUUAGUU